AUUUAAUCCCUUCGCUUGUGAGUCAUGCCAGCUCCCAUGAAGGGCCAAGUGUGCGUGGUUACUGGUGCUUCCAGGGGUAUUGGCCGGGGCAUUGCUUUGCAGCUCUGCCAGGCAGGUGCCACAGUUUACAUCACUGGCCGCAAUCUGGACACACUGCAGGCCACUGCUCAGGAGGCACAAUCCCGAGGGGGCCGGUGUGUGCCCGUGGUGUGUGAUUCAAGCCAGGAGAGUGAAGUGCGAAGCCUGUUUGAGCAGGUGGAUCGAGAACAGCAGGGGCGUCUGGAUGUGCUGGUCAACAACGCCUAUGCUGGGGUCCAGGCAAUCCUGAACAACACUAAAAAGGCAUUCUGGGAAAGCCCCGCCUCCAUCUGGGAUGAUAUCAACAACGUCGGACUCAGAGGCCACUACUUAUGCUCUGUGUAUGGGGCACGACUGAUGGUACCAGCUGGCCGGGGGCUCAUCGUGGUCAUCUCCUCCGCUGGUGGGCUGCAGUAUUUCUUCAACGUCCCCUAUGGCGUGGGCAAAGCUGCGUGUGACAGGCUGGCUGCUGACUGUGCCCAGGAGCUGCGGCGCCACGGGGUCAGCUACGUGUCGCUUUGGCCAGGGUUGGUGCAGACAGAACUGCUGAAGGAGCACAUGAUGAAGGAGGAGAACACUGCUGAUCCCCUUGUUGAGCAGUUCAAAUUUCGUUUCUCAUCUGCGGAGACCACAGAAAUGAGUGGCAAAUGUGUGGUGGCCUUGGCAACAGACCCCAAUAUCCUGAGCCUAAGCGGGAAGGUGCUGCCAUCCUGUGACCUGGCACGGCGCUAUGGCCUGCAGGACAUUGAUGGCCGCCCCGUCCAGGACUAUUUGUCUUUGAGCUCCAUGCUCUCCCAUGUCUCCAGCCUGGGCUGGCUGGCCUCCUACUUGCCUGGCUUCCUCCGAGUGCCCAAGUGGGUUAUGACCCUCUAUGCUAGCAAGUUCUAACCCUCCUGGCCUGACACAGUUCUGCUUCCCUUUGGGCUGAGCGGUUGGCCUAUCUCAGUGGAACAAGGCCGCCUUUCCCGCCCAACUACUGCAUACCCUUGAUCUGAAGAGAAGACCUCUGCCGUGUGCCCUGGUUGAGCCCUAGGGGCCUUUAUAGGUCCUUCUUCAGGUCUUCCUUGCCCCUGCGUUUUACUUUUUGCCUUAAUAUUGAAAAAUGUUCUGGGGGCUAAUAAAGGUCUCGUUUCUCCUUCA